AUGUCUUUCCUUUCUCCCAAUCGCCUCAAGGCUCGCAUUGCCCCACAGCUACAUCGACGGGUUCCAUUCGAGGCUGGCAUGUACGCCAAUAGCCCACGAUGGUCGAAUAAAGAUCUUGACCCUGUACCUGUACACAUGAGGACAUGGGGCGGCUUGGAUUACUGGGCAUAUUGGACGUCGGACAUGCUGGCACCUCCGCUUGCAAGCACUGUCUCAUCUGUCAUGGCUCUCGGCUUCACUGCUCGAGAGACCAUACCAAUCGUGUUCUUCGGCUUCGCCAUCUGUAGCGUGGUCAUCACAUUGACGGGCAAGAUGGGCGCCCAAUACAGUAUCGCCUUUCCUGUCAUCGUCCGAUCAAUCUUUGGAAUGUACGGCUCUUACCCAGCCAUCUGUAUUAGAGCCUUCGUUGCAGCCAUGUGGACAGCGAUUCUUUGCGUACAAGCCGGAGGCUUUUUGCAAAAUUGCAUCCAGGCGAUAUGGCCAAGCUUCAGAAGGUUCCCUAAUCACCUUCCCGCGGAUGCUGGCAUCACGUCCGCGGGCUUGCUGUGCUUCUUCCUCUAUUGGAUAUUUCAGACAAUGCUGGCCCUGAUGCCUAUUCAGAAGCUUCGAAUUCUGUUUCUCGUCAAAGCAGUCAUUGUGCCUCCCACCUUCUUGGCCUUGUUCCUUUGGGGUGCCAUUGUGACAAAGGGUGGAGGACCUCUAGUGACUGGUCAUGCCAAAUUGACGAGUACCUACAUGAACACUGCCUACUCGUCCCUGACCGGGCUGAACGCCAUCAUAGGCCUGUUCUCCAGCAUGGCGGUCAACAUGCCAGAUUUCGGGCGAUUUUCCAAAAAUGGUCUUGCAGGAUACCACCAAUUUUUUGCACUGCCAGUAAUAGGGACACUCGGAGCUCUAACGCCAAUCUUCGUCACAUCAGCUCACAGCUACAUCUGGGGCGAGUUUCAAUGGUACAUGCCUGCCGUGAUCAUGGAUUUCGAUAGUCGGGCCGCUCAGUUCUUCACCGCCUUCUCUUUCAUGCUCGCGACUAUUGGCAAUCAAAUUGCUGCCGGCACUUACCCCUUCAGUAACGAUGUAUCUGGUCUUUGUCCGAAGUACAUCAACAUCUUCCGAGCCACUGUCAUCAUCUCGGUCUUUUGCGUUGUCUGCACCCCAUGGAACAUUAUCAAGAACGCUGCUGGUCUUCUAGCGUUCCUUUCUGGUUACUCUUGUCUGAUGGGACCCUUGGCCGGUGUCAUGGUAUCUGAUUUCUACCUCAUCAAGAAAAGAAAGCUCGAUAUCCACGAGCUGUAUAAGGAUCACGGAAUCUAUCACUACUCUUAUGGUGUGAAUUGGAGAGCAUUUGCUGCCUUUUUCAUCGCAUUCAUCCCUUUGCUUCCUGGGUUUGCAAAGUCUAUCAGUGUGACUUUGAAUGUUGGAGGGGCAUGGAAGAUUUAUACGUUCGCUUGGUUAUAUGGCUUCUUCAUCGCUGUUCUUAGCUACUACAUCAUCUGCACAUACGUCUCACCUAUCACUAGUGCGCUGGUCGACGAGGCAAUCCUGCCACCACAGAAAGGCGACGACAGUUCCAGUGAGGGUAGCACCUAUGAGACGAAGGAUGGCGUUCGAGCAGAGACUAAGGAGGUCGGUGACGUGGUCUAG